CAGGACUGCAUUAUAUCUUGCUACCUAUCUCAAACCCUUCUCUGAUUUUCAUACACAUUGGUCGUUCGUUCUGAUUUGAGAAAUUGCAUUAUCAUCAUUUAGGCAUGGAAUUGAGUUUUAAGCAUCAAGUUGGACUGGUUUGUGUGAUAUUGUUGUUCCCUGCACUGUGCAGCUGCCACGAAUAUGUUACGAACUCGAGAGCAAGCUAUUAUAACACACCUGAUGGCCUUGGAAAUCCAAGGGGAGCUUGUGGGUUUGGAGAAUAUGGAAGGACAAUGAAUAAUGGGAGUGUGGCAGCAGUAUCUGGUUUAUGGAGGAAUGGGGCUGGGUGUGGUGCAUGCUAUCAGGUAUGGUGCAAGAUACCAGAAUACUGCAACGGAAAAGGUGUACACGUGGUGGCAACAGACUACGGUGCAGGAGACAACACGGACUUCAUUAUGAGCAAACGUGGCUUCUAUGGUUUAGGACGUAACGCGGGUGCUUCUAAAGAGCUUUUCAAACGCGGAGUUGUUGAUAUUGCAUUCAAAAGGGUUCCCUGCAGAUACACUGAUAGCAUCAAGCUCCACGUUCAGGAGAGCAGCAAAAACCCUGGCUACUUUGCUGUUCUGAUUCUCAACGCAGAUGACAUCACUGCUGUUCAGAUGUGGCUGAAAAGGCAACAACGAUGGGAACCCCUUCGCAGGGUGUAUGGAGCAGUGUUUGACUUUGCUAACCCACCAACUGGUGAAAUCUUGAUGAGGUUUCAAGUGGGCUAUAAGUAUUGGCUGCUACCUAAGAUCGCUAUCCCUGCCAAUUGGAAGCCUGGAGCUACUUAUGACACCAAACUUCACCCUUAUUAGAACUAAAUACGCAUGCACUUUCACACCCCAACAUAUCAACAUAUAUAUUACAGAUAUAAUAACUACUAGUCAUAUUAUUCUGUUAUUUUGUUUGUUGUAACUCAAUGUGUUUCUUGUGUUAAUAAUGCCCUGUUGUCCAAGGGACUACAGUAAAGGGCUUCAUCUACUUUAUAAAUUUCUAUCCAAGACUACAUGGAAUAUAUAUGAAUAAAAUGCAUUUGCCUUUUGUUUUUUC